AUGGCGCUCCCGCCGCAAAAGGCCGAUCCCGGCGCUGCGUCAAAGGAGGAGAACAUCUACAUCCCAUCCUUCAUCAGUAAACAACCGUUUUAUGCGAAAGAAGAUGGUGAUGAUGCCGACUAUCUUAAGCAUCAGCGCCGCGAAGAGAAAUCGGAACAAUCGCAAUGGUAUGACCGUGGCAAGAAAGCUGGUCCAGCCGCGACCAAGUACCGCAAAGGCGCCUGCGAGAACUGCGGCGCGAUGACGCACAAAGCCAAAGACUGCUUAAGUCGCCCUAGAGCAAAAGGCGCAAAGUGGACGGGCAGAGAUAUCCAGGCUGAUGAAGUCAUCCAAGAUGUCAGCCCGAGCUGGGACGCGAAACGGGAUCGCUGGAACGGCUACGACACCAAGGAGUACCGUAACGUCGUUGAUUCAUUCAACCAGAUGGAAGAGCUCCGCAAGCAAGCGAAGCAGGCGACGAACAGCGACGAAGAAAUGGAUGAGGGUGAUAAAUAUGCCGAAGAAAAUGAUAUGAGCAAGCAUCAGAGCACGGCAACAAGGCAGCUGAGGAUACGGGAAGACACAGCAAAGUACCUUCUGAAUCUCGAUCUCGAAUCGGCCAAGUAUGAUCCGAAAACACGAUCACUCGUCGAUGGAGGGGCCACGGGAGGCAAAGCGGCCGACUUGUUUGCCGAAGAAGGCUUCAUGAGGUCGUCUGGCGAAGCCGCGGAGUUUGAAAACGCAACUCGUUAUGCGUGGGAGGCGCAAGAAAAUGCUGGAGACACGUCACAGCAUCUGCAGGCCAACCCAACAGCCGGGGCGCUUCUCAGGAAAAAGGGCAUAGAAGAGGAUGACAAGAAGCGAAUGGAGCGCGAGAAGAAGAUACUGGAGAAGUAUGGCGGAGGUGAGCAGAAGAAAAUGCCGGCAUCGCUUCGCAGUAUGACAAUCACAGAGUCGGAAACCUUUGUCGAGUAUGACGAAGCGGGCCUCAUCAAAGGGGCUCACCUACAAGCAGCGAAGUCCAAAUACGCCGAGGACGUUUUCAUCAACAAUCACACAUCAGUUUGGGGAAGCUGGUGGUUCAAUUUCAAAUGGGGAUAUGGAUGCUGCCACUCAUUCGUCAAGAACAGCUAUUGUACCGGAGAGGAAGGUAAAAAGGCCUGGGAAGCGGCUGAAUCUCAAAGAUCAGGAGCAAAUCUUAUUGAGAAUGGGAAUUCGGAUGCGACAGUUGAGGUUUUGGAAGAACCUGAGGAGACCAAACCCAAAAAACGCACACGCGAGGAGAUGCUCAAUGGGGUGACGGAGGCUGAAAUGGACGAGUAUCGUCGAAAGAAGACGGUUGCCGCUGAUCCAAUGGCGGGGAUGCUCGGCAAGGACGAGCUCUUCAGUUGA